UCAGAUAUUCACUAGUUCUAUGACUGAACAAGUCAGUUAACCUUUUCAAAAAUAGUAUUUUUUUUGGAAUUAUGUAUAAAGAUUGUUUUCAACAUGCACUAUUAUAAGAUUUUGAGUUCCAUUUUUUCCCUUCUCUCCUUUCUUUACCUCCCUUGUCUCCAAGAUGGAAAGCAAUUAGAUAUAGGCUAUAUAUGUACAAUCCUAUUAAACAUAUUUCCAUAAUAACCAUGUUGUGAAAAAAGAAUCAAUAUAAAGGGGAAAAAUUACAAGAAGAAAAACCAACAAAAAAGUGAAAAUAAUAUGCUUCUAUCUGCAUUCAGACCCUUUAGUUUUGUUUUUUUUUCUAGAUAUAGAUAGAAUUUUCCAUUAGGGGUCUUUUACAAUUGCCUUUUAUCAUUACUGUCAAAAUUGAUCAUUGCAAAUUGUUGUUACUGUGUACAAUAUUCUCCUGGUUCUGCCCACUUCACUCAGCAUCAGUUCAUAUAUGUCUUUUCAGGUUUUUUUUUGAAAUAUGCCUGCUCAUUAUUUCUUACAGUACAGUAGUGUACCAUCAUAAUCAUAUUACAACUUUGGCUAAUUGAAGGGCAUCCCCUCAAUUUCCAAUUCUUUGCCACUAUAAAAAUAUUUUUGUACAUUAUGGGUCCUUUUCCCUUUUUUAUUAUCUCUUUAGGAAAAGACUGAGUAGUGGUAUAUUGCUGGAUCAAAGGGUAUGCACAGUUUGAUUGCCCGUUGGGCAUAGUUCCAAACUGCUCUCCAGAAUGGUUGGAUCAGUUCUUAGUUUCUCCAGCAAAGCAUUUGUGUCCUAGUUUUCCCACAUCCCCUCCAACACUCAAGUUAGUUAACCUUAAUGAGCCUAAUUUUCUCAUCUGUAAAAUGAGGUCCUGCACUCAUCUGUCCUUCCAGCUCUAAAUGUAAGACCUGGGUAAUCAUUUAAUCUAUCUGGGCCUUAGUUUCCUUAUUUGCAAAAUAAAGGAUUUGGAUAAGAUGAUCUCUGAGGGCUCUUUCAAAUUUAAAACUAUGAUCCUAUGACACCAUUCCCCAAGCUUAGCUAGGUCAGUCUUCUUAAGACAGACCCUUUUUAUAAGUUUUAUAAGGAGCAUAUUCUGUACUGUCUCUGCUAGCAUACCAUGGUUACCUUCACAACAAGACAAAGUGUUGAUAUAAGAUUUUCCUUAUAGAUGGUUCAAUUAGUUACAAUCAUUUCAAUUACAUCACUAAUAGUAAAAUUAGUUUUGAUACUGGUAUAGUUUAUUGUUUAAAGUACAUGCUAGUCCUUUUUCAUAUUUUUUCUUCUUUAGCUAAGUUGACAUAUUGGGAAUAAAACCCAGAGAAAUCCUCCCCAGAGCAGGCUUCUGUGGCUUUAUCUGAAAUAAGUUUUGCUGUUUUCUUCCUUUGAAUUUGUAUUGUGUGCUAUUAUUUGGGGUUAGUGUUUGCAUUUUUAUGCAGAAAUAUUUUGAAUUUUGUAUCAGUAAUAUGGACAGUGAAUCUUUAUAUAGAAUUCUCAAUGUCUGGAACUUCCAUUGAUUCAAAACUUUCCUGGCAUGCUUAAUGCACUUAAGUACAGUUGUGGGAAUUUUGGCUAUGCUCAGAAUAAUGGACUCAAUGUUUUAUCAUCCCUGAAUUUAAUUAUAGUUUAAUUACCAUUAAUUUGCUUUUUCUCAGUCAUAAAGUUACAUUGAGCAUUUCAGAGUCCACCCCAGAAAGCCAGGCUUAGUGCAAAUUGAUCAUGGAUUUGAGCUGGCAUGUUUAGAUUUGCAGAUUCUUGGGACAGAAAAGGGACUUUAGAGAUUAGUUGCUAAUAAGUUCCAAUCCCUCAUUUUAUACUUAUUACAUUUAUAUUGAUUAUAUUUUAUAACAAAAUAAAAGCCUCGAGAGGGAAAGCAACUUGUAUACUUUUACAAAAGUAGUUUAAGCUUGGUCUGGGUUGGUACUCUUAGUAUCCCUUCUCCUAAGUCUAUUUUUACUGUGUCACAGUUGCUUUCUGUAGUAAAGUUUGGAAAUUAUCAGUUUUAUAAUUUUUACCUCCCUUCUAGGGAGUUGGUAGGUCAUAUCUCAUUUUCCUUACUCUCUUAUCCAUGCCUUUCUCUUAAGUAUCUGUUUCUUUUUAAUUUUUAUUUUUUUCCAAUUACAUGUAAAAAUAAUUUUAACAUUUAUUUUAAAAAUUUGAAUUCUAAUUUCUCUCCCUCUUCUCAUAGCAAUUUGAUAUAGAUUAUACAUGUGUAGUCAUAUAAAACAUAUUUCCGCAUUAGUCAUGCUGUAAAAGAAAACACAAGUCAAAACAUGUGGGCACAUAGACACAUACACAGACAGAAUGAAAUAAAAAAUUGUAUGCUUUGAUGUGCCUUCUGACAGUAUCAGAUCUUUCUCUGGAAGUAGAGAGCCUUUUUCAUCAUAAGUCCUUCAGAAUUGUCUUGUUAUCUUUGUAUUACCAAGAAUGGCUAAAUCAUUCAUAGUUCAUCAUCAUACAUUAUUACUGUUCAAUACUAUACAAUGUUUUACAGUGUUGUAUACACUGUUCUCCUGCUUCUAUUUACUUCACUUAGCAUCCAGUUCAUGUUAAUCUUUUCAGGCUUUUGUGAAAGCAUCCUGCUCAUUACCUCUUAUAGCGCAAAAAUAUUCUAUCACAAUAAAAUACCAAAACUUGGUCAGCCAUUCCUCAAUCGAUGGACACCAUUUCGUUUUCUAAUUUUUUGCCACCACAAAAAAGGGCUGCUAUAAAUAAUUUUUGAGUGCCUAUAACUAAAAGUUUUACAUUUUAACUGGGAGCUCUUUGGCCCCUUUGCUGUACAGGUUCUCAUAACAGCACAGUAGAAAGACAGGAACAAGUCAAGCUCUUUCUUAUUCCACAGAUUCAUAGAUCGCAUCCUUUUAUCUGUUCCAUUGUCUUCUCACUGUAGGGAAAACAAGACUGCACGAGGUAGUGAUUCAAGAGAGAUUCACUCUGAUUCCAGAAUUUCAAAGAAAGGCAUGACCAAGUGUGAUAGAUGCCUAUGAACUUCCUGGUCACUUUCCUGCAUUGGAAGGACUCCAAAAAAAAGAGUGUAUCCUGAGCAAAACCCCACCCUUCUUUAGAUUGUGGAUUAAACCUCAAGGUCCGGAACCUGCCCCUCCCUGCCCCGAGGUGAUGAUGGAAACCCUUUCUCAAGAUUCUUUGCUGGAAUGUCAGAUUUGUUUCAAUUAUUACAGUCCAAGGCGGAGGCCCAAGUUGUUAGACUGCAAACAUACCUGCUGUUCAGUUUGUCUUCAGCAAAUGAGGACAAGCCAGAAGGACCUGAGGUGCCCGUGGUGCCGGGGUAUUACUAAGCUUCCCCCAGGAUUCUCGGUCUCCCAGCUCCCUGAUGAUCCCGAGGUGCUUGCAGUAAUUGCAAUCCCCCACACUUCGGAGCACACUCCAGUCUUCAUCAAACUUCCCAGCAAUGGGUGUUACAUGCUACCCUUACCCAUCUCCAAGGAGCGAGCAUUAUUGCCUGGAGACAUUGGCUGCCGCCUGUUGCCAGGUAGCCAGCAAAAGUCUGUCACCGUGGUGACCAUUCCGACAGAACAGCAGCCUCUGCAGGGGGGGAUUCCCCAAGAUGCGGUGAUGGAGGAGGAGCAAGACAGGAGGGGUGUGGUGAAAAGCUCCACCUGGUCAGGAGUUUGCACUGUGAUCUUGGUGGCCUGCGUCCUGGUUUUCCUGCUCGGCAUCGUUCUGCACAACAUGUCUUGCAUUUCUAAGCGCUUCACUGUGAUCUCCUGUGGCUGAGAAAGGCUGCAGAGUGAAAUUCCAUGUGUGUACCAACUUAGGGGUUGAGAACAUAUUGGUGAUGGGAUCACAGUGAGGUGUAUACGGCAACACUGACCAAUUGGUGCAGGGCACUGGGCACUGGGGAAGCCACUUAAUUAUAUGAAGAUAGACCGGAAAGGCAGAAUGCAGGACCUCUCAACAAGAUAUGAGGGAAACUGUACUGAGUGAUGGUCACAGCUUGGAAGGAGACUGCAUGUAUCACCAUAAUAAUUUAUUAAAUGAACUGUAAUUUAUGAUUUUAUCAUGUUAAAACAUAUUCUACCUAGAUGUUAUACUGUACAAGUAUAUAUGAUGUGAUCUCUAAAUGCAAUAGAUUAAAAUCAAAAUGCUAUGUAUAGAAGUAGAAUUAAACAUGAGAAUCAAUGUAACAGGUAUGCAAUGCUGGUUUCCUUUUUUUUUUUUUUAAACAAAAUGAAAACUGUUGUAAAACCAGAAUUGUCUUGAUUUAGUUUAUGAGGCAUUUUUUAUAUCUUUGGAAUUGCACCUAAAUUAAAAUAAGUUAAAUGGACUAUAGUUUUUCAGAGCAAAUAUUUUGAGGGGAAAGUGUUUCAUGUGUGAUGUAUUUGUCAUGCACUAUCCUAUUGUCUACCUGUAGUUAAAAUUCUAUGUUUGUUAAAGUUCAGAGCCCUACAGGGAAGCAAUAAAACAAAUAACAAGGAAGGAAAGAUUUAUUACUGCAGAAAAUUUGCAUAUCUUUUUUUCCCCUCUCAAGCCAUUUUUGCAAAACAAGAAUCAGAAGUGUAAAUAUGUGUGUGUGUUUGUGUGUGUGUGCAUGUGCACGCACCUAUGUGUUUCAUUUGCCUCAGGUUUUAAAAAUCUUUUCAGCAAGUAUUUGGGAUGCUAGAUCUGAAUGGACACAAGGGAAGUUUUUCAAGAAGUUAUAUCAUAGGAAAACAGAAUUCUUUCUAUGAAGAAGUGCAUAUAUAUCAUCUUGAUCACUUUCUCCCAUAUUUGAGUUUGGGGUUGGAAGUAUGGUAAAAACUGGAGGUGAUACUUUAAUUUUUUCUCUGAAUAUUAAAUGAUGAUAGUUGUAUUCAAUUGAUGACAGAUAUGGGCUUAUACAUACACAUUAUAGAAUGGUUCUUUGGAAGAUGAUGUCUGACAUGAGGGUGAGAAAGCCAAAUGGAAUUGUGUCUUUUUUUUUUUUUUAAAUUGUUGAUACAAAAAUAGAUGAGUGCCAAUACAAAGGAAAGCAUCUAUGUGUUGAGGAAAGUAGCAAGCUGAUGGCUUCAUACACUCCUGUUUGAAAUGAAAAAAUUCACUAUUUAUUAUCUUAGAUGGCCCUGUGAAGGAUGGACUCAUAUUAAAUAAUAGAUCUCUAUCCAUUGCUAUUUCCCCCUUAAUUAAUAAAACAAGCAACUGUGGGGCUUGGCAAUUCUAAUUCAUGUGAGUUUGGUAAAUCAGGUAGCAUAUGAAUAGAAUUAAUUUGUUAACAUUUCUUUUCAAAUUCCAUGGAACCAAGGAAAAUGAGGAAAAACAGAACCUGACAGACAGGUCCCUAAUAACCACAUUUGGAAUUGUAGUUUAUAAAAUUAAGGAACAAAUUCAUUUUUUGUAUUUAGUAAUUCAAGUAUUACCUUUCAGUACAUUCUAACUAUGUAUAACAAUGCAAUGAAGUUCAUCUAUUGUAAGGUACUGCAGUCACACAAAAAGAAUAAUGAUACUAUUAAGUGAAAUUGGUAUGACUUUUAGUAUCAAUAUCUAGUUAAUAAUAAAGCAUUAGGUUUGCUGAAUCUAUCCAAUUCUCUUUUUCUUGGGGGGAUAUCUAGAAAAUUCAUUUGGAAAGACAAACAAGAAAUUAGGUUAAAAUGCCAUAUUGUAUAACUCAUUGGGCAUUAUAAAACAAAUAAUAUUUGAUAUUAAUACUUUAGGUAUCAUAUUAAUUGAAUACUAUCCUAUGUUAUGUAACAUCAUAUACUAUUGGGUUAGUGUCAAUUGCUCAUAGUUUCCCAGGAUUCUGUAAUGCAUGUCCAACCUAGCCAUUUGCUUGUUUCUAUUACAUAAGCAAAUUGGAAAAUGCAUUUUAAAAAAAUGCUUGAGAGAUCCCUGUGCUUCUUAUUUUAAGCUAUGCCACAUUUUUUGGGGUAAAUAUUGGAAACUAAUUAUCUUUGUGUACAGUGUGUAAAAAUGGACUGCUUUGUAAUAUAACAUGAUCUAGUACUCCCCAUGUAUGACAUGCUUUAUUUUAGAUUUUAACCCACAAUAGGAUGUUCUGUUUUUCUUGGUAUGAGACCUUGCAAUAAAAACUAUUCAGGAAAGUUAUACUUAACAAUCUACUGCUGACUUUGCAUUUAAACAGUGUGAAGCUAAUUCAGUCUGUGAUAGAUUGUUGAUCUUGCUACUUUAACUUUGAAAAAAAGAGUUUUAAUAAUUUAAGAAUGGAUUCUGCCUGAAGUUUUUAGGAUACUUGUGUACCACAAUCAUUUUUAUUUGUGAAUAAUCAGGUGUUUUAAAAAAGCUAAGAGGCUUGUAGAAAUUCAUUUUAGCCUCCUAUAUUUGAAUUAACUUCUAUUGUGAUAUUUUAUUGUGAUAAUUUAUCAGUAAAACAUCCAACCCAGCUGCACCCUCUACUCCUCAUAUCAUCUGACUAAAAUUACACAAGAUUUCCAUACACAGAGAUCUUCACACCAAUAAAACUUCUCAUUUUUUCAACUACAAAUUUGAAUGGAUUUAAACAGAUUGAAUGUUAGGGCUAGUAGGGAUUAUAGAAAUCAUUUAUUCCCAACCUCUCAUUUUACAACUGAGCAAACUGAGACACAGAGAGGUGUGAAAUCAUUUCACACAGAGCCAGGAAGAGAACUCAGGUCUGACUCUGGUCUUUUUUACUCAUUCCAUUGCACAACGAAAGAGAAUCAGAGAAUGCUUAUUUUUGUAUUCACCUGCCUAAUUUUCCAUAGGUGGGCUCUCCUGGAUUUCUGUUGGCGCCAUCUUGAUUUCUGGGGAAUGCAUAUACUUACUCACCAGCUGUUCUCUUUGAUUGGUAGAUCUAUGUGUUUAUUUUUAGCUUAAGCUUCUCUGGGAGACAGAAGAGGGUUUAUUUGAUGAUAUAUAAGUGAAUUGAAAGAAAAUUAUCAAAUGAUGUGAUUGUGCAGUGUAGGAUUUUUAAAUUGCAUAUUAGUCAUUUUUAUAAUGUUUAAAUGAUAUGUAAAGGAUUGUAGGUGUUUUGUAAAUAUUCAGCAAUCAAGAGCAUGAAGUUUGUUCUUUAUCAGUGAAUCUCACUAAAUGUGAAUACAGUAUUAGCAAAAGAACACUCUAUUCAAGAGUAAAAUUUUUGACCAAAAAACCCACAGCAAUUUUUUUUAAAUGGUAGAUACAGCCAAUUGUAGAAGGCAUGAAUUAUAAUGAUAAAGUUUUCUGUGUCAAAACACACGUCUGAUGACUAGAGAGAGCUAUAAGAUAUUUUGGUUUCUGUAAACAAAAAGAAAAACUCCACAAUUAAACUUAAGGUUCAUUUAAAUCAUGGGUCACAGCAGGAGUUAUAAUCAUGUGCUGGUUAAUCAUUUUGGCAUUAUUUAUGCAGAUGCACUUUGAAAACUAAGCUAUGAAGCCUUAGUUCUUGUUAAAGACUGGGGAAUAUGUAAUUGAAAAUCCCUCUUAUUUUCCUCUUUAGGUUGUCAGUGGACUCAAAAUCAAGUAUUUAAGCUGUUUAAGGAUGAAAGUCCACUGAUGUCCCUCUGUGAUUAUUAGUUUGCAUCAACAAAUGAUAAAACAAACUUUGAAUGUCUAUCACGCCUCUACAUGUGGGAUUUUUGAGCCACAGUGUGAUAAAAAGCUUAUUAAACAAAUGUGCAAAUAUUUCUCUUUGCUAAAUCUGCUCUUACUAAGCAAUAACUCUAAAACGUUUUGGCUUACAAGCUGUGCAUGGUAUAUGAUAUGAAAUUGUUUCAGAAUUUUGUGGCCCCCAGUUUAAUGUCUUUUGGAUGAGUAAGGCAAUCUACUCAUCUCACUUCUUUCCUUUCUCCCCAUGCUAGGUGUAUUGAUGUUUUAAUAAGAUGCAUUUAACUUUAGUGAGUAUGGGAAUUCAAGAGUUAGAAUUUCCUGCAGUGUAUUGAUAGAAAAGGUCUUUAGUUGUGUUGUUUAUCCUUUAAAACCUACCAGCUAGAUGAAGUUGUUUGCUGGGGUUGCUUGUGUAUAUUUGUAUGUAGAUGUAUAUGUAUACAUAAAUUUUCAGAUGCCAAACUGAAACAGAAAUACUAUUUUGCAUUUCAAAGAGAAGACUAAGCAGGGGACUUUUUUUCAGGUUUAUAUUUCAUUUCUUUCUGAAAGAAUUUAGGAUUUGUAACCUCCCAUUAGUUUACUAACACAUUUUUUUUCCUUUCUUUCGUUCUUAUAAUUCACUUAAUUUUUUCUAAGGAAGUUAUCUGAUUUACAAAACCAAACACAACUUUACUAUAAAAUCACUUGUGUAUCUAACAAAGGACAAAAUCGAACAGUCUAGGGAUGAUGGUAAUUAGAUCAAAAGACAAAUAUUUAUGUGUCAUUUUUUUCAUCCCUGUCUGAAGACCAAUCCCCUCCUCCAAAAACUAGCUAUCCAGUGUGAUGAUUCUAGAUUUCAUGUAUCCAAAAGGAUAUUUACCACAUUUCACUUUUCAGUCUUAUUUCAGAGCAAUAAAAUUUAUGUAAAAUUUGGUUAAUAUUUUUGUUACCUGAAGUAUAAUGAAAAUGUUAAGUAUUUGAUUUUAUUUUUUCCUCUUUGAAUUGAAUUAAUUUUUUCCUAUGACAUUUUUCAAAAGAGGAGGAUAAGACUCUUGUCUAUGUUAUCUUAGUAGGAAUGUGUUCUCUCUCUUGGUUUCCUUUUGAAUUGUACAGAAUAGGUACUGAUUUUAUUAAUAUUUAAGUGAGGCAUUAAUUUCUCAAAAAUAUAUAAGCAGUGAUAUAUAAAUAAUAAUGUCAAGAUCUUGCAGUAUUAAAACCUUAAAAGAAUGUUUACUCCAACUCAACCAUGUUGAUUUACAAAGGAGGAAACUGAGGUUUCAGAGGAGUCAAAUCACUUACUUUAAAGUCAUAUAGCUACAGUUGGUAUUGAACAGCUUAUUUGAACAAACCUGAUACUUUCAAUGAACAAUGAUAUUUAGAAGUUCAUUUUGAGAAUGACAUAUAAAUGCCAUCUCCCUCUUCUUAAGUAAAUAUUUGUUUUGUUUUUGUUAGAGUUUUUGGUUUGUUUUCAUUUUUUAUUAGUAAUAAUAGAAGAGCAAAAUUAUCAUUUUAAAUUAUCACGUUAAAAAAAAAUCACUCCUUUCUCAUUCCCUUUACCUACCUAGUAUUUAUCAAAUUUGUCUUUCCAGUGGUAAAUUUCACUUGGACUGGAGCUUGCACUACUUUGAAUAAUGAAAUUAAAAAACAGCUUUUGUUUGGCAUCUAUUAUAUAUCUAGAUGUUAUACUACAUGCCAAGACUACAAACACAAGAACGUUAAAAGCUUAUGGUCUAAUGGGAAAAUGCAACAUUUACAUAGAUAAACCUGAUGAAAUGUGUAAAUAGAUGAAACAAACCAGUUGAUCUUUGAUUCCUGAACAAAAAGGGUCAACACAUGAUUGGUUACCUGUAUGUAACAUUUAGUAGCUUCUGGUUGCUCUCUUCAUCAGUGCCCUUAAUUCAACCAGGAUUUCACACUUGAAAUACAUAAGAAAGAUGAGGCUUAUUAUUUAAUUUAAGAAGUAAUUAAGAUUUCUGUUUUUAAGAAUAUUACUCUGGCAGCCAUGCUCUUAUACUUUAAAAAAAAUCUCAAAACAUUUUUGAGGAGUGUAUUAUUGAAACUUAAAUAGAUAGUUUUUGGACAUAGUCAAACAUCAGACUAUAUGUUUAUGCUUUAGUUCCAUGUACUGUAAAAGUUAAAAAUUACAUACACAUAAAAGAUUUUUAGUCAUGUGCUGCCAAUUAUGUGUAAAAUCCUGAUGGAAAUGCCGCACUUUCCAGGUUGUUGUUAUAUGUAUUUCAAUGAUUUUGGAUGUAUAGAUAAUUUAUUAGCCAAUUAUCAUGAGUUAUACUGUUGUCUUUACCAACUACAAGGAGUGAGUAUAUGAUAAAAACAUCUAUUACAUGUUUGUAGAAAUUUUGAUCAUAUUUUAUAAAUUUUUGGUGUGGCAGCCAUUGAUCAAUAAGGAGUAUAAUCAUUGUUGAGAUUUAAUCCAUUUUUUCCCAAGUGGCUUGUUAUUUUGGGAGCUCAAUGACGAUGGCAGCACAUGACUUUUGAACUCCUGAAGUGUACUGGUCUUUUAAAGCUUACCUCACAUAUACUGGCUAUUGUUUUAUAAAAGUGCAUUUCUGAGCUUAUACUGUUAAAUGUUUUCAGGUAAAAGACAUCAUGAUGGUAAAGUAGGUCCUGUGUUCUCUGGAUAAUUCUUGAAAUCAAAGGUAUUGUUAAUGUUAUUAAUUAUUAUAUCUUAUGGGCAAUCACUUUGUAGCACACUAGGCAAAAUAUUGAAGAACUCUUAAAGUUUGCCACAAUGUGACUUUUUUCUUUAUAUUCUUAAGAAUGUUAUAAGAUUAAGCCUCCUUUGCCAAAAUCUUUUCCAAUAGAUCAUUGCCCUGAAACACAUCAUGAUAAGCUACAGAAACAGUGGUCCAUGAAAAAAGAUAAAAUCUACUAAUUUGUAGAUGAUUACCAGGGAUAUGGGUUAUCUUGUGCUAUCGAAGGUUGUCUGCAAAUGGUUCUCCCUUUCUGGUUUGAGGUUUGUAUUAAGAUAAUCCACAAGUAUCAACAGGAGAUAGUUUUAGCAGGGAAAAGAGUAAAAUAGAGGGAAAAGAAGAUCCUAGAGUCAGAUGUCUGUUAAAUAUCAGUUUGGUGCCAUAUAUGCUAUCUUUUAUUAGCAACAAUUAGCAUGGUGUUACUACCUUUAUGAUAUUCUUUAAAUAUCAUUUGUGGGAUUUUUCUGAAAUUUACCUGACUAUGGGAUAUAACUUACCAAAUGCCAUCGUGUGGGGAAAUAUACCUUGAGAAAGAAAGCAAGUUCUUAAAAGUAGUAAAAUCUAAUAACAAUGCCUAAAACUAAAGUUAAUCUUGUAGGAUUCCAAGAUGAGUAGCAAAACUCAGUUGUGGGGGGAAAAAAAUCCAGUAAUGAAUUAGACUGGACACAAACUUCUUUUUAACAACCCUCUUGUUUCAACUAGAAUAUUAAAUGACUUAAAAAUGAACAGCAUGUUCAGAAUGUGCUAACUAUAGUGAGUUUGAGAGGAUUUGAGUUAGAGAGAAGCUGAGAGGAUUUGAGUUAUUCUAGCAGUCUAAGAAGGAGUCAAAUUGUGCCCCUCUUGUACAGAUUUUCUCUCCUUAAGUUGCUAAUACCCUGGCAAUUUUAGACACAUGAUGAAGGCAAAUUGUACCCGAAAAUACAAAUCCUAGCAUCCUUGGACUACUUAUUACGUGUUCCUUUGGAUACAUUAGCCAACUUAAAGUGAUAAUUGCAAUUAGGUUUGGGAAACAUUUAUUCUUAACUUUUGGAGUUUCUAACGUUCAUCUUUUCUUCCUUGUUUCACAUAUUUACUACUACUUGUAUAUGUUUUGCUCAUUUGCCAUAUGCAAUGAGGUUGGCUCCAGUUCAGGGCCACAGAAACCCUAAGUCUCAGCCUCGCUGUUCCAUUUGUAGGUUCCCUAGUCUUCUCUAGCUUUCUCCAAUUGAUGAUAUUCCAGUCAAAUAGCUUAGAUUAAUACUGCUCAGAGGCUGUUAACUCAAGUCUGUGACAUGUUUCAUUUGCAAUAAUGUGGAUAAUUUAUUUUAGAAGCUUUUCUUUAAAGGGCUAAGUAGCCCUACAGAUAUAUGAGCUGCCGGGCUGUGUAGAAAUAUCAUCCAAAUGUUGCCAAAUAUUGACUUUGUAAAGGGGAUAUGAAGCUGCUGUUUAUAAAUCUGAAUGUCUUAAAAGCAUUCUUUGCUUGCUCUUUGUCAUAGAUGGUGUCUUAGAAAGUCCUGUGUUUUUUCUCCACUGAUCCCUAUUUUAAUAUAUGGUAUUUUUGUAUGCCAGACUGAUGUCUUGUCCUUUGUAUAUGUGGUAAUGUUGAUUUUAUGACAACUGUUAAAACAUUUGUUAUGAUUAAAAUUCUUAAAAUGAUUUCAAA